GUAAAAAUUAAAAUAAAGGCCCACAAACAGAUUUUACAAAUAGCAGUCGCACCCCACUUCGCCCACUCUUCCCCUUAUUUCUCUCCCAUAUUCCCCCCAACAUCAACUUCCUCCACUCCUCCUUCAUCUUCUUCCCUCCUUGUUCAUAUAAAUAUAUAAUCCUUUCUAUUUUAUCUUCAAAAAUCAGCAUAAUCUGUUGUUUUUGAGUUUUUAUCUCUCUCCUUUUAUCUUUGAAACAUUUGCCGCCUUUUCGUUGAAGUUAUGGCGGAAGAUUUGGAUGAUGGUGAGUUCUGGCUUCCUUCGCAUUUUCUCACCGACGAUGAUAUUCUCAUGGAUUUUGAUUUCUCCGCUCCUAAAGUACCCAACUCGGGUUUGGGUUUUGUUGGUUACGGGUCAUCAUCUUCUAACUCGAAUUCGGAUUUGGAGUUAACUUCUGGUUGUACCGAAACCGAGAGCGACGAAGAGGAUAUUUUACUUUCCGGGUUGACCCGGAAGAUUGCUCGCGUCGACCUACAAGAUUCUUCGUGUCCUGUUCACUCUAAGGGGUAUGUGCUGUCAAGUUCGCCGCAAUCGACGCUAUGUGGGUGUUUUUGCAACCAUGGUUCAAGCCGGGAAAGCCUAUCGCCGCCGCAACCGCCGCCGCAAAACAACGACAAAAGCGACGACAACAACAAAGAAAACAGCAACAACGCAACAUUAGAUCUGCUAAAUAAGGCGGCGGGGGAGGUGGCUAGAUUGAAGAUGAAGACUGAAAAAAGUACCGGAACUGGAUUCUUCGAUUGCAGUCAAAAAGAAGUUUUAUACCCUUCUCCUCUUAGGAAUCCUGACCACUUUCCUCCCAUUUAUUACCAACCUCAAUUCCACCAUUUUCCUCCGAUGGUGUGGGCGCCGUCAAAUGGUGUGCAGUAUAAUCAGGCAAAGCAGCAACCGUUGCCGCAAAACAGAGCAACCAAUAACAACAAGAGCAACAAUAAGAGCAACGGUAACAACAACAGCAAUCGUCCUUUAGGGCUGCCGCCAUCUGCUUGGCCUACUCUGCAACAAGUGCAGGCCCAAAAUCAGGCCCAUCCGAUGCCGCCUCAACCCAUGUUUGUUGGGCCCAAGAGGGAAUGUAACGGCACCGGUGUUUUCUUACCCCGUAGCGUUACCACCACCCCUUCCGUACCCCGCAAAAAAGCUGAUGGGAAUGCAACAAAGUCGUCUAAGACGGGAAAAGGUUCACAAUCACAGUCGAGCAACCGACGAAACGCUAGUGCUACAACCACCCCAACGGCAAGUAAUAAUGACAUCCAGCUGCCUCAGGAGUGGACUUAUUAACACCACCCGCGUUGGGUGUUUUCGAAUGUUUGUUUCAUCGGUAGAUGUGGUAGAUGAUGACGACAACGACGACAAAGACGACUAGAAGUGAUGAAAGGAUUAGCAAAAUUUAGGAUUAGUAAUAUAUAGACUAAUAGAUAUGAUGCGUGAAGAAAAAUAAGAAUUUUGAAUAACUACAGGAUUUGGUGAUCAGGUAUUUCUGGUCUCCAAUGAUAAAAUAAAACUUAUAGGAAAUAUUAUUAUUAAUAAUAAUUAUAAUUAUUAAGUUUAACUUCAUGGGUUGGUGUUUUCUUGUAUCCCACGGAGUUUGUCAGCAUAAUAAGAUCGCAAGGUCUAUUUUUUAUUUUUCUUUCUUUUAUUGGUGAUUUUUAAUUACCAGUUAUAAAAAAUCUAGUGGUAGUGCUAUAGUGGUGGUGUUGUAUCCAUAGUGUUACAAUUUUUUUUGUUCGGGGGUUUGUGUUUGAUUUUGUGUCAAUUUGAUAUUUUGAUGUAUAACCUUGCCGCGGAAAGUGUGGAUGGGCAAAAUCAAUAAAAACUGCUACUACUGCUUUUGUGAUAAUAAUAUUGUACCUAUUUUACUUUCAA